AUGACCGAUCGCAGCAGUUACUUUGGUGUACCGUCAAGUGCGGCAUCGUCCAUGAAAUACUUGCGACGCAAUUCGGCUCCCAGCGUGGAAUCAUUGGACGAGAGCUAUUUUGACAAUGGCGCUUCUUCCAUUUCGACCGACCUCAGUUCACGUUCGCUUCUAUUUGGAAAAGGAGUUGGUAGCACAUUGAUUACUUCAGGAUCCCCAGUGACUUCACCAGGUCCAUUAUCGCCUUCAACAUCCACCAAAGCUGCACGCACACAGCAACAUCGUUUGAAUGCAGCACAAGAGCAACGAAUGUAUCAUGACAGCUGCCAACGCCUUUUGAGUCAUAUCACUUCAGUGAUGGGUAUUUGUGAGGAUCUACAAUCAUCCAACAAGGACCAAUUUCCUAUUCGAUAUCCAAUGAUGCAUCGUCCAAAUGAUCGCCCUUUACCACAACGAGCUCAGACAAUGAUGCCACCCAUUGCAUCCAACAUUGAUUGUCCACUUGAAACAGCUUCUCAGCCUGAUGUGGGUUCUCCUUCUUCUAUUCUUGACGCUUUGCAUCGAAGAUCAUCCAUCCAUUCUCAAGAUGAAUCGACAAGUCCCUUUGUACGUCAACUGGAACAGCAUCGUUUAUUGACAAGUGAUCUCGCUAAAGAGCUCAGCAUUCUCAACUUGGACUUAAAGAUGGGCCAUUCUUCUACCGAUCUCAAUGCUCUUGAAAGCAAAUCUAUUGCUAAUCUUUUGGAUGAUCGCCUCUCUCAAUGCCUUCGUCAUUUGGAGAAGCUUCGUACUCGCGUUGCUGAUACAUCUUCCAAGGUGUUGGUGACUGGUGAUUUGAAUGCUGGUAAAUCGACAUUCGUCAAUGCCUUGUUGAAGCGUGAAGUUCUUCCUGCCGAUCAACAACCAUGUACAAGCAUGUUUUGCGAGGUGUUGGAUGCUAUGUUGAAUGAUGGAGUUGAAGCUAUCCACGCUAUUCCCGAUGCAUCCAUUUACAACCGAUUGGAUCCCAACACAUACCACGUCAUUGAGGAACGACACAUGUUCAAGACCGUGGCCGAUGAGGGUGACAAAUAUAAGAUGCUCAAGAUCUAUAGCAAGGAUGCUCGUAAUACACAAGAAAGCUUGUUACACAAUGGUGUCGUCGAUAUUGCAUUGAUCGAUUCCCCUGGUCUCAAUACUGAUUCAGUCAAAACAACCGCUGUCUUUGCUCGUCAAGAGGAAAUCGAUGUCGUCGUCUUUGUAGUGAGUGCUGAAAAUCAUUUCACUCUCUCGGGCAAGGAAUUCCUUUGGAAUGCAGCCAAUGAAAAGACUCACAUCUUUAUUGUCGUCAAUCGUUUCGAUUCCAUCCGCGACAAGCAACGUUGCAAGCGUCUCAUUCUUGAUCAGAUUCGUCAACUUUCACCUGCAACCUAUGCCGACGCCGAUGAUUUGGUCCAUUUUGUUAGUGCAGGCGAUGUGGAUCUUGAGCCUGGUUCCACCAAAUUGGAUGCUCCCGAAUUUGCACGAUUGGAACAGCGACUCCGUGCCUUUGUGUUAGAGAAUCGCACCAAAUCCAAGUUAUCACCAGCCAAGAACUAUUUGGUCAAUUUGCUCAGCGAUGUCAAUGGUCUUUCCAUGUCCAAUAGCGCCCUUGCAAAGGAGGAACGUGAAAAGGUGCAACUUGAGCUUGAGGAGGAUAAGCCUGGAUAUGAGCAUUUAUUGCGUGUACGUGAUCGUCUCCUUCAUCAAGUGGAAAAGGUUGCAGAGAUCACUGUGCUUGGUGUCCAAAAACAUGCUCGUCAGGCAUUGAAUACAGCUGUUGAAGGAAUUACAACUACGGCUGAUAGCAUUGAAUAUCCUGGCAUCUUUUUGAUUUGGCAAUACGCACAAGAUAUAGCCGAUUCCAUGUCACAAACGUUACUCAAGCAAGUACGACGCGUCGAAGGUCAUGCUCGUGAGGACACUAGCCAAUGCAUUGAUCGUAUCCAUGAUAUGGGCACUGAACAUCUCGGCAAUUACCCCCGUGUUGGUACUGUGGAAAAGAUGUGUCUCAAGAAUCGUGAUCGUGCAGUAGUCAUUUCAGUGGAACCAACCGAUUUUUUCGAUUUAUCUUUGGAUGAUAAGAUGUCUGGUUGUGCAUUAUCUUUUGGUGCCGUUGCCAUGGUGGGUACACGUCUCCUUGGUGUCAAAGAUGCAGUAUCGGGUAUCUGGAGCUUGUCAAGUGCAGUGAGUGCUCGUAGCAUGCGUCAAAUGAUCGUUCCUAUCAUGAGCAUAGCCGGUGCUGGUCUCCUGGUUUAUGUGGUUUCGGAUAUGCGUUAUGCUGUCAAGCGCAAAUUGGUGCGGAAAUUCAAGACUGCCGUACGUGACACUGCUUAUGUGGAAGGUCAAUGUAGCCGAAUUGGACGUGAAGCACGCAAGGCACUUCGUGUAGAAGGAUGGGAAAUCCAGAAUCGACUUGUCAGAGCCAUCGAGAACAAGGAAAAGAAGCGUAGCGAAAUGGAACAUAAGAUACAUCAUGCCGAGAAAACCAUUGCAUACUUUGACAACGUGCUGGAAAACUCGCUCGUCUUACUUGACAAGGUGCAAACCAUCCAAAUCGACCACCAUCACAAUGCAAAUGCCAUUACAAGUCCAUAA